AUGCGAACGUUCUUGAUGCUCUCUCUCUCUCUCUUCCUGUUACGUAACUGGGGUCGGUCUUGAUCGGCGGAGAUGUCGGCGGCGUACGAGAAUGUGGUGGCGGGGAGGCUGAAGCUGAAGGGGAAGCCCCUGGACGUGAAGCUCCAGGGCGGCGCUUGCGGCAGUGGGAUGAUCUCCAAGAAGGCGAAGAACAAGAAGAAGAGGCACGUGGGUCGUCUUCUUCCGCGACUCUCUGAGUCCGCGACAGUUGGGAAGACUUCGCUGUCCGCAGAUAAUGCCGAGAGAAUAAACGAUGAAGGCCAAGAUGAUGGGAGGAGACUCACUUCGGCGUAUGACGACCGCCUGACGCCAGAGGAGAGGCGGUUUCUCCAGCAGACGGAGAAGAUCGAAUUGGAAAGGCUGGCGAAGAAUGCCAGCAAGUCGCACCGCGAUCGGGUCCAGGAGUUCAACCAAUACCUGGCGAAUCUCAGUGAACACUACGACAUUCCUAAAGUCGGGCCUGGCUAAGUAAAAACUCCGCACUCAUUACCAUCUGUCAGAAACAACACAAGUUAUUGUGGAGAAAGGAAUUCCAUUAGAAUGGAACUUUGCUGAUUAUGGUAUGCAAAAAGCAACUGAUGCAACUUUUAUGUUCUGCGUUAUGAUUGUGGUCUACAGCCUUUGCUUGGGAGUGUCUUUACAGGCGAUUUCCUUGGGGUUUAUCGG